AUGUCUGCCGACCAAAUCUCUGACGAGGUCGCUCUGGACUUCCAGGAAUCUUUGCAAGACCUUCAGAACAACAACAGAUAUGAAAUUAGCAAUCUGACCAUCAUCGCCAAGGAAAAUACAGAACAUGCUCAAGCUAUAGCUAUGGUUUUGGAAAAGCACAUCAAGACGACUGCUCCUGGACGCAAAUUGCCGGCACUCUAUGUACUCGACUCGAUUGUGAAGAACGUGGGCACCCCAUACACAGUCUACCUCGGAAGAAAUCUUUUCUCAACCUUCAUGGACUCAUACACUCUUGUAGAUAGCCACACAAGAAAAAGCAUGGAAGCCAUGUUGAAGACCUGGAAGGAGCCCGUGCCUGGUUCAAUGGACCCAAGACCAGUCUUUCCUGCAGAUGUCACUCGUACCAUUGAGAAUGCCCUUAUCAAGGCAAGAACGGCCGCGGUGCAACUGCAGACCAGAAACCGUACUCCACUAGGUAUUCCAGGAAGGCCCAUGUCGUCGGCGACUUACAGAAACACACCCACCCCGCCGCACAACGCCAACCAAUUCCAGCCGCCAUCACAGGAUUCUUAUCAGAACGGAUUCCGCAAUCAACAGCCCACACCACAGCAGUACCCGCCCAACCAGCUGCCUCCUGACAUUGCGCGCUCACUGUCGGCUGCACUCAAUCCACAGGACGAUCUAAACAAACUCAAGGCAGAUAUUCAUGGCUUGAUCGCUGGUUUUCAGACCGAGUUUGCUCGUAAUCCUUACGACUCACAAGUGCAGACUAAGCUCAAAGCUCUGCUCGAUCUCCAAGCUGUUGUACAGACUCAGCAACUCAAUUCCGAUGCAAUUGGCAUGAUCAAGAAACAAGUGGCACAGCUGCAAGCAGUACAGGCACAGCCGCUCCCACCUCCGUCAGCGACGCCUCAACAAUCACAAUGGCAGGCUCCUACUCCUGUCAAUCUACCCUUCCAACCUCCUCCGCCCAUUCCGCAAGGCUUUGCACCUACUCCUUCAGCACCGCCACCCGUUGCUCCUCCGGCCUUUGCUCCUGGUAUUCUUGAGCAGUUGUUGGCCUCUACUGCCAACGGACAGAAGCCGAGCACACCUGUCGUUCAAGCCGCCUUGCGGUCAAUGCCACCACCGCCUCCUCCUACGCAGUCGCCUCGCACAGCUGCAGCACUACCCGCCGGACCCUCUGGCAACCCUCUCCUAGACGCUCUCCGCGCCGCAAACAUUCUGCCCGGAUCCUCAAAUGCCACGCCUGCACCUCCCUCAGGCCUCCCUGUUCUUUCACCACCAGCCCCUCCAGCACUCUCUAUCCUCCAACAACUGCAAGGCCUUGCGCCGAAGCUGGGCAGCACGCCGAUGCCUCCACCUGGUACUCCUGCCAAGGUCCGAAUUCCAAUGAAUGCUGCCGCCCUCAAGAGCUUCCGUCCAGAAGUUGUACACACACUAUACGAUGCACAACCAAACCAAUGCACAUCCUGUGGUCGUCGCUUCCUAGCCACCGAUGAGGGACGCGCCCAAAAGGCACGCCAUCUCGACUGGCACUUCCGCAGCAACCAACGUAUUGCCGACGCCGCUCUUGCUGCCGGUCUCACUCGCAGCUGGUACAUUGACGACAAUGAGUGGAUCCGUCUUCGCGAGGAAGACUCCUCCUCAGCUGCCGCCGAUGUCAACUCUACUGCCACCACCACCAUCAAGCCCGUCAGCGUGCGUGAGAAGUACAUUCCCGCACCCACCGGAGCUGCAGCAAACGCUGGCUGCUCCAUCUGUCAGGAGAAGUUCGAGACGGUCUGGCAUGAAGAGGCACAGGAAUGGGUCUGGAUGGACGCUGUCAAGGUUGGCGGCAGGGUAUAUCAUGCUUCAUGUCACGAUGAGGUCAACAGAGCCAACGGAGGAGGAGAUAGAGGUACUACUCCCGAUCCUGUGCUUGGAAAACGCAAGGCAGAGGCCGAUCUGGCCAACAUGAAGACGAAGUUGAAGAGGGAGAUUGCAGCAUAG